AUGAACUUGAGGGCGAUCGACGUGAUCGCCACGCGGCUGUGGUUUGACAAGAAGGUCCCCUGCAAGUACCCUGCAAACGUCCUGGCCGGCUUUGAGAGGACCGCUGGGGCCACCUUCUUUGACCUGAACGCCCUCCAGGACGAGUACCGGGACGCGCCAGGCAGCGUCCUGACCGCCGACUUUUACGGCGCGUCAGAGCUGCUGCCCCUGAGCGACGACCAGAUUGUGCAGCGGCUGGUGGACCACAUCCGAGUGUGCGAGCCGGGCUUCAAGGGCGCCAACGUGGUGGACAGCGCGGCCGUCACGCACUUCAGCCCGGGGUCCCACAGCAGCCGGCCGUUCCAGUCCACCAGCAUACCAAACCUGUUCCUGGCGGGGGACUGGGUCAAGGGCGUCGACCAUGGGGCAAACGGUCUCUCGCAGGAGCGCGCCUACGUCACCGGCCUGAUUGCCGCAAACCUGGUCGUCGGCAAGCUGCAGCAAGGGCUGCCCGCCCAGAUUCUGGACGUGGAGAAGGACGAGCCCCACAUAGCCGCGGGCCGCGCGGCGGUGGAGGCGCUGCGGGGGCUGGCGGGCGGCCUCGGCAUCAAGAGCCCUUUUAUGAGCUAG